AAUUUAACUCAUUUCUGUCAAAUUUACGAACGUGUUAUGCGCGUCGGUCCGCGCUCGAUUAAUUAUCUUUAUCUUAUAAGCAUAAAAGAAAAAAUACAAACCAGCGCAGUGUUUUCAGUUUUAUUUGUAUUUUAUUUUCCUGUGUAAGUUUGAAGCUGCGUUAAUUACGAAUUUGGUGUUGAAACAUUGCCUGAGGUGAUUCUGCAGUGUGAUCGGGAAUUAUUGUUUUCAUUGUGAAGAGUUAGUCUUAUUGGAUACCAUGCCGACGAGUGCGGUGUACCAGCCGACGACGGUGACAUACGAACAGCAGCCGAACGACCAGCGAUGGAACUGCCCCAUCAGCUACUUCUCGCGACGGGUGACAAGUAGCCUGAAUAGGGCAGUUUGUGUGCGCCUUGGACUGUGUUUGCUGGGAAGCACGCUUUUCAUUAUUGGACUGGCGCUGGUGAUAGCGGGCGGCGUGCAGUACUCCAACACGCCAGCGUCGGCGACGCCGGACGUGGACAGCGGCGUCGGAACGCUCAUCGCGGGCGGCGUUAUCCUGUGCCUCGGCCUACUUUUCGCCGGUGUCGGUGGCUGGGCCUGGUCAGCAAGAUGGGGCGGCGGCAAGGAGAUGCCAUCAAGCGGUGCAGCCGGACUGACCGCUCUGAACCCGUCCACCGACCCGCUGGUAGCCGAGCAGUACGCGCCCGUGCGCGAUGCGCCGCCUGCUCCCGACGACGAGAUGCGCAACCUCAUGGACAACAAGGACUGCUUAAGCAGCGCAGAGGAGAGCGACAAAAUGUUGGACGGACGCCCCUCCAUCGCGUAAAGCCACGCGAAUCCGCCCCUGCCGAAGCUAUACCCCGCGAACUUUUAGGGCGCUCCUCUGAGUUACAAUUUUGUCCCCCUUACAUAAAGUCGAGUGGUAUUAUUGAUACAUUAAGACUUACUUAAUGUAGGCUAUGCGUUGAUUCAUAAGAAAAUUAUUUUACAAAGGUGACAGAUAUAAGUAAUAAUAUCGAAGAUAGUGUCUAGUAAUGCCACUCGAGAAAUUGUGACCAUUGUACGAUGUGCAUUUCGAGGUACAAAGUGUUGACUGAUUACCCAACGGGGUAAAAUGUCAAAUGUGUGCUUGUUUGUGUGAUAGUAUUAUUUUAAGCACUUACGUUUGUUCUACCCACUAUGAAGAUAUAGGUACAGUCAAAGGGAUAAACAUUCCCAGUUUCAAAAAUAUGUGAACGCUCUUACACCUUAGACAAUAAAGUCGUGUUCACAUAUUUUUGAGCCAUUUGCCUGGAUCGAUAUUUUGCCUUCGACUGUACUAGAAAUAAACAACGAUGUACAAUGGUAGAAACGUUGAUAGUUUCGCAUCCCAUUUUGGGCUAAAUCUUUGUAUCAAUAAUUAGCCAGUCCAAGUGUUGUGCUGAAGGCAAAUUUAUAAUUAUGAUCUUAUCUCGAAAAUACGCCUUCAAAUUAUUUCUAUGCAUUUAAUUAAUCAAGUUGUAAGUAAUUACCGUAAGCGAAGUUACUUAGUCGAAACGUUUUGGUAAGGUUUGUCUUAAUUAAUACGAGUAAUUACUUAAUUAGUGAAAGACAAGUGGCCAAAUUAACGUCCAGAGUAAUGUAUAGAUAUAGACAUCUAUAUUUACUACCUAUUUAUUGUAUCUUAGAAAGACAUUGUCUUAAAAUGAUCUGCUUAUUUUGAAUUGCAGCUUAUCAAAAUGAAAUAUGUAUCUCAAAGUAUUAAUCUACUUUAAAAUCUAAUUUUCUAUCUCAUAUACGAAUAACAUAAGUGUAGUAUGUUUAUAUCAAUCUGUUCAAGAUUUAAAUCUAUAAUUAUUUUUUUAUUUUUUAUUUCAUUUGUCGUCUCGAAUAUUGAAAUGAUUUGUGUUAGGUUAGGGCCGUCCUGUGUAGAUUGUAAGCGCAAAUUGCUGGUUAAACAUGGUCGUGUUUAGAGGUUGUUUUGUGUUGUAUAGGAGUUAGUUUAAUUUAUAUGAAACUGAUAUUAUGUUAAGCUCUCUUGAAAAUCAUUUAACAGUUAUUAAUUAACUGUUUUUGGCUUUAAUAAAAAAAGUUAUAGUUUUUGAAUAAAAUUAGACAUAAAGAAACUAAUGUACAAGUAAAACUUCAGAAACAGUUGCAAUUUUUAUAAAUCGUGUAAAUAUACGUGGAGAAAUAAUUAUAGAAAGAUUACUUAUGUAAAAUGUAAGUUCACACGUAACUCUUAUGUACUUUAAACAUAAGUCACCUAUAACUGCAGUGAAUUUUAUUUAAUAUAUUUGGAUAUAUUUAUUUACACAAAAUAUGUAUCUGAAGUACAUAAUUUGUAUUUUUCUUUUUUGCAUGUACUUAAUUUUGAUGAUUUUAUAGAUCUUCACUGAUGAUACUUGAAUAUAUCUCAUAUUCUCAAUUA